UGAAGUACAUACAGAGCUGCAGAGAGAAAGAUGGAGAAUCCACUGCUUUUAUCCCCCCAGCUCAAUGCUUCUUCACGGAUGAAAUUAUUAUAUAAAAGCAUGAAACCCUUCAGCAAAGAUGGGGCAAAGACGGAAGCAAAAAACGGGGCACAAGAAAAGAAGAACAGGUUGAGUCUCCUGCUGAAGAAGUCUGAAUUGCACCCAAAUCCCACCCAUCUUGAUGCUUUUGAGAAACUGACAAAUGCUUCAAGCAUGUCCCCUGAAGAAAUAAAGAAAUGGGGUGAAUCUUUUGACAAACUUAUUUCACAGGAAGCUGGGAUGGAUGCAUUCACAAGGUUCCUGAAAUCCGAAUUUAGCGAAGAGAACAUUGAGUUUUGGGUGGCAUGUGAAAAUUACAAGAAGAUCAAAGACCCUGUUCAACUUUCACUCAAAGCAAAGGAAAUCUACAAGAUGUUCAUUGAAAAAGAUGCUCCAAAAGAGGUCAACCUUGACUUUAACACCAAAGAGUGUGCCAGUCAGAGUAUCAGCCACCCUGCACUCAACAGCUUUGAUGCCGCACAGACCAAAAUCUACACACUGAUGGAGCAAGACAGUUACCCGCGCUUCCUGAAGUCCAGCCUUUACUCAGAUUUGCUCAACAACAGGCCUCUGGGCUAUUCUGCACUUCGAAGAAGAUCACGUUCUUUUACCAUCAAUGAAUUCAAAGAUGCUCAGCCAGAUUUUGCCAUCUGGCUGUAAAGAAACAAUCCCUGUUGGAGUCUACCACUUUGAGAGUACAGGGGUACUGGCUGAAAGUCAUUGCCUCAAGUGACUUAUGCAAAUGUAGCUACAGAUUCCCAUGGAAUUAUGCCCAUUUCCACCUGUUAAUGACCUGGUCCUCAAGUUUUUUCCCCAUUAGUUUUACUUGGCACUGGUGAUCCCUGCCCCACCAACUUUUUUUUUUUUACUCUCAGGGGCCUCCCCACAGUGGUUUGAGGCCAGGAGUGAUCAGUUGCAUAAUAAUCCCCUACACAGCCUGGAACGUCUACACUGAAGAAACAAGAAGGGCCCCACUGUUAUGGAGAAUAUGCUAUGAGACAUUAUACUAGAGACUGGAGAUCUACUUCUUGCAAUUUGAAAGCAUUUUGGGUUAGGGGAAAUUUGGGGGGGGGCAGAUAAAAAUAAAGCUUCUGGGCGUCUAUCUGUCUUGAGAGCUGACAGUAGGCCAGCACAUUACUUAUUGUAAAGCGACACACCUAAGAUUUUUAAGCUAAAAUAUUCACAUGCAACGAUGUCCUUUUUAACACAUGGAUAAAGCCAGCACAAGCCAUUCUGGUAGAAUAAGUGAACAGCCUUGGAUUUGCAGAUGAUGAGGAAUAGAAAGUGGGCAGAGGCUGAGGGGUGUUAAUACGCUGGAGUAUGUUUUCCUGUCUCCUUUUACAUCACAGGCAUACAAAUUAUCAGAACACAAAAGCCACACCAGUGCUGAAGUGCUCUUUUUUUAUAAGUAGUGUAUUGAAAUUUCCCACACAAGAGUACAAUAAAAAGAGAGGAAUAAUACACAAUUAAAAAAAAAAUGACAGUCAGAGAAACAUACAUUAUCUGGGCGGUACAAAAUUGUCCAGAAGAGGAGUUCCAAAAAUGCUGUCUCAGAAAGCCACUUCAUAUAAUGUUGUCUACAAGUAUAUGCCUUGAUAGACGUGAAUAUUAGCUACUCUCUUGUAUGGGAGAAUGUAAAGGGGGUGCAUUUGGGUCUCCUGUUGACUUGGGGAUCAGAUCUUCCCCUUGUCUUUGGCUGACAACAGCAUCUAGGGCAAGAGGCAGUCCCCACCUCCACCAAUGUUCGCAUUGCACCAAUGGGAGCCCUUGAGCCGGAGCCACUUAAGUAUAACUGAUGCCACUCAGGAUCACACUACAGUGUGAUAAUAGAGAGUGUCACUAAGAUACCGAAACCGGGAUUUGCCUUUCCUAUCUAUGAAUGGAAUGUAAAGUUUUUGCGGUGUGCAUAUAGCCUGAAUCAUGCAUGCUGAUGCAGAAGACAUUCUCGCUGAGUCCAAUGAGUAGGAGAUUUACUUCCAAGCAAGUGCGGCUAGAAUUGCAGCCAAUUACAUUGGUUUAAACAGAAAAGAUACAAAUGCUCUGAAUUCUGUAACUAACAUAGGAAUGGAUAAAGACGGAGCUUAGAUGACAUCCUUACCAUAGUAGGUAAAAAGCUGGGGCGGGGGAUGAAAAAUGGGGAGUCAGUGCUAUAAACUGAAUACAGUUUUUAUUUUGUUUUCCCUGAACGCCACGUGAGAUGUGACUGGGUCCAGCCUGUGAAUGAUGCCACCAUUUUAAAGGGAUUUUAAAAUGCUGGAAGGGCUGAGGCACUCCAGUCCAGCCUC